CCAACAAUGUACAGGAUGCUGAUGGCACGUGGCAGAGGCUGCUUUGCCCCGGCCAUUCUUCAGGCAACUGUGGACAUCCAACUUAGUGGAUGCAUGAACAUCCUCAGCUCAGUUUCCCAGGAAGGAAAGUGAUUAAGCUUAAUCUGUACUGUGCAGCAUAAGAAAUUAGAGGCUGAGGAGACUGUAGUGUUUUUGUGUAAGGACAGGUCUUGGUACUGUUCCCCUGAGACCAGCCUGGAGCAACUGAGAGUGAAACACUAUCUUGAGACAGAUGGCAUCCGUGAAAGUUCAUCUCAGUUGGUGUUCACCAUAAACCAAGCCACACCAUCAGCCAGUGGGACCUAUCAGUGUUGUGCUAGAAGCCAGAAGCCAGAAAUCCACCUUCAGGGCCAUUUUUUUUUCCAUUUUAAUCAUAAUUCCUUCGAGACAGGGAACUACACAGUGAUGGGGCUGAAACAAACAGGACACCAUGAGUUCAGCCACAGUAAAGGCACUCUCAGUUCAAGCUUCCUGCAAGAGGUCUGGGUGAUGCUGGUCACUAGUCUGGUGGCCCUUCAAGGUAUGUGCGGGUAA